AUGUCCCCGUCCCCAGAUUGCUCGCCGGCGCUGCAUCUGCCGCCCUCGGUUGCCGUGGAGACAGAGGAAUUGCACGGACGUCACGCCACGUUUAUCCCGCUAUACUGCGGCGGAUACGGCGGCGGAUACGGCGGUGGAUACGGCGGUGGAUACGGCGGUGGAUACGGCGGUGGAUACGGCGGUGGAUACGGCGGUGGAUACGGCGGUGGAUACGGCGGUGGAUACGGCGGUGGAUACGAUACGGCGGUGGAUACGGCGGUGGAUACGGCGGUGGAUACGGCGGUGGAUACGGCGGUGGAUACGGCGGUGGAUACGGCGGUGGAUACGGCGGUGGAUACGAUACGGCGGUGGAUACGGCGGCGGAUACGGCGGUGGAUACGGCGGUGGAUACGGCGGUGGAUACGGCGGUGGAUACGGCGGCGGAUACGGCGGCGGAUACGGCGGCGGAUACGGCGGUGGAUACGGCGGUGGAUACUGCGGCGGAUACGGCGGUGGAUACGGCGGUGGAUACGCGGUGGAUACAGCGGUGGAUACAGCGGUGGAUACGGCGGUGGAUACGGCGGUGGAUACGGCGGUGGAUACGGCGGUGGAUACGGCGGUGAAUACGGCGGUGGAUACGAUACGGCGGUGGAUACGAUACGGCGGUGGAUACGGCGGCGGAUACAGCGGUGGAUACGGCGGUGGAUACGAUACGGCGGUGGAUACGGCGGUGGAUACGCGGUGGAUACAGCGGUGGAUACGGCGGUGGAUACGAUACGGCGGUGGAUACGAUACGGCGGUGGAUACGAUACGGCGGUGGAUACGGCGGUGGAUACGGCGGUGGAUACGGCGGUGGAUACGGCGGUGGAUACGGCGGUGGAUACGGCGGUGGAUACGGCGGUGGAUGCGGCGGUGGAUACGCGGUGGAUACAGCGGUGGAUACAGCGGUGGAUACGGCGGUGGAUACGAUACGGCGGUGGAUACGGCGGUGGAUACGGCGGUGGAUACGGCGGUGGAUACGGCGGUGGAUACGAUACGGCGGUGGAUACGGCGGCGGAUACAGCGGUGGAUACGGCGGUGGAUACGAUACGGCGGUGGAUACGGCGGUGGAUACGCGGUGGAUACAGCGGUGGAUACGGCGGUGGAUACGAUACGGCGGUGGAUACGGCGGUGGAUACGAUACGGCGGUGGAUACUGCGGCGGAUACGGCGGUGGAUACGAUACGGCGGUGGAUACGGCGGUGGAUACGGCGGUGGAUACGGCGGCGGAUACGGCGGCGGAUACGGCAGUGGAUACGGCGGUGGAUACUGCGGUGGAUACUGCGGCGGAUACAACGGUGGAUACGGCGGAUACGGCGGCGGAUACGGCGGCGGAUACGGCGGUGGAUACUGCGGUGGAUACAGCGGUGGAUACGGCGGCGGAUACGGCGGCGGAUACGGCGGCGGAUACGGCGGCGGAUACGGCGGCGGAUACGGCGGCGGAUACGGCGGCGGAUACGGCGGCGGAUACGGCGGCGGAUACGGCGGUGGAUACAGCGGCGAGAUGCAGCAAAAUCAAGAGAUGAACAAACUCGCUCCACACAUGUGCGGCAACCAAUCAGAGAGCAAGGGAGGACGCGGCGCUUGUGAACAUGUCUUCACCCUGAGUUGA